AUGAACCUACAGUGUGAAUCAAUGGAACCAAGAGUAAUUGAUGACAACUUGCUGAAGCUGGUGGUGGCUAAGCAGGGCCCCCGUGAGGAGGCUGGGCAGCUGGCCAAGCAGGAGGGCAUCCUCUUCAAGGAUGUCUUGUCCCUGCAGCUGGACUUCCAAAACAUCCUCCAGAUAGACAACCUCUGGCAGUUUGAGAACUUGAGGAAGCUGCAGCUGGACAAUAAUGUCAUUGAGAGGAUCGUGGGCCUGGAGAACCUCACACAACUCAUCUGGCUGGAUCUGUCCUUCAACAAUAUUGAGACCAUCGAGGGACUGAACACACUGGUGAACCUGGAGGACCUGAGUUUGUCCAAUAACCGUAUUUCCAAGAUUGACUCCCUGGAUGCACUGGUCAAGCUGCAGGUGCUGUUACUGGACAACAAUGAGAUCUUCAACAUGAUGAAUAUCAUCUACCUGCGGCAGUUCAAAGACUUGCGGACACUCGGCCUCUCUGGAAACCCCAUCUCAGAAUCAGAGGAUUACAAGAUGUUUGUCUGUGCCUACCUUCCUGACCUCGUGUACCUGGACUACCGGCGUAUCAGCGACCUCACAAAAGAGAUGGCGAAGAUGAAGCACCAGUAUUCCAUUGAUGAGCUGAAGCAGCGUGAGACAUUGAUACAGGCCCAAAAGGAGGAGGCGCAGGCCCAGAGGGAGAAGCUGGAGUCACACAAGGCCGCAUUCAUUGAGCACCUUGACGGCUCCUUCCUGUUUGACAGCAUGUAUGCUGAGGACGUGGAGGGCAGAAAGCUGUCCUAUCUGCCUGGGGUUGGGGAACUCCUUGAAGCCUACAAGGACAAGUUUGUCAUCAUCUGCCUGAACAUUUUUGAGUAUGGUCUGAAACAACAGGAGAAGCGAAGAGUGGAGCUUGACACCUUCACUGAGUGCAUCCAGGAGGCCAUCCAGGAGAACCAGGAGCAGGGCAAGUGGAAGAUUGCCAAGUUCGAGGAGAAGCACCUGCUGAACUUAAGUGCUGUUCGAGACGAGUCUGAGAUGCCCGUCAUCGAGGAGAAAAUUGUGGAGUGUGGUGAGGACAUCACUCAGCUGUUCAACAUACUCAUGACCCUGGAGAUGCAGCUGGUGGAGCAGCUGGAGGAGAUGAUAAACUUGUUUGAAAGGAACAUCGUAGACUUGGUGGGACUCUUUAUUGAAAAUGUCCAAAGCCUCAUGGCUCAGUGUCGGGACCUGGAGAACCACCACCACGAGAAACUCCUAGAGAUCUCCAUCAACACCCUGGAGAAGAUUGUCAAGGGCGAGUUCAAUGAAGACCUGCCUGAAGAUGUCCGAAUGCUUUUUGUCGACAAAGAUACAAUUGUUAAUGCCGUUGGGGCAUCGCAUGACAUCCACCUCCUAAAGAUCGACAACAGAGAGGAUGAGCUGAUCACGAGAGUCAACUCUUGGUGCACGAAUUUGGUGGACAAGAUUCACACGGAUGAAAUCAUGAGGAACCGUAAACGAGUGAAGGAGAUCAAUCACUACAUUGACCACAUGCAGAAUGAGCUGGACAACCUGGAAUUCACUGACAAUCUCUUUUAG